CGGACGAACUGGCAGUGUACAGGUGCUAAGCUACGUUCCGGGGACUGGGACUAGUAUGACGAUACAACUUGGGUAGUGAUGCAGGCAUGUAGGAAAGAUACAUCAUAAUAGGACAACGACAACGGCAAGCAGUACAUUUGAAGGAAGCAUUCAUAUCCAGGCGCGAGUGGCAGGAUAUGGAUGACCUGAGUGCCUCACGAGCGGCGACUCGCCACCGCCCUUCGCGCUGGAAGUCCUCGCGGUCGGGGCGCCGCUGUACGUGGGGCGCUGGGAGGAGCUGCGCCUCGUCGGGAGGUCGGAGCCACGCGUGCACCCCGGCCCCCAGGGCGCGAGAUUCCUCCGACCUCGUCGUCCGACUCUUCCCGUGCACGUUUCUUGAUGGGACGGCGGGCAGGAGUCGGUUUGGCCUUUCGCAAAGAGCGUACGUACCGCUUGGAGGAAGGCACCUCGAAAGUGUGCGAUACGGAGGAGGUACGAGACAUGCUGCCGAUCGAGCUCUCAGUCUCUGCUUGAAUGUGAGUUGCAAAGAUCACCGCGGUAUCUGCGCAAGGUUCUUCAGGGCAGGGUGUGUAGUCCACCGGCCUCAGGCUGACGAAGAACGAGUAAUACUUUCUCCCCAUUUCCGGGAUCGAAGCCUCGUCUUUGGCCCACUGCCAAUAGCCGCCAUCCCUCCAGAAGGCCAUUUUCGACUCGUUAUGGUGGAGAUGUGCAGGCAAAUGGGUAGGUAUGAGCCUCGUCGGACUGUGAUAGGCUAUAAGAGCCGGUAUGUGAUACACUGUGAGGAGGGCGGAGUGGAAGAAAGGGGUUUAUGGACGUGGCAGUCCCGGAUGAGCAAGCAGGGAGGGUACUGAACGAAUUUAACAGCAGUAACGGAUUUCAGACCCAGCGAAGGUGCAUCCCAGCCACCGCCGGAGUUCCACCCGCUCGGUCCUCGCCGUCCGCUGCAGAGCUCCCGGCUCAAGCCAGCUUCACCGUUCGAGUCGGCCCACAUUGACGUGCAUUCCUGUGUCCUUUGCCCGGAUGUGCAUCAAGGACUUCCCC